UUCGACAUUGAGCAAGUUCCUGAAUUACACUCAAUAUAAACUCUCGCAUCAUCUUCGAGUUCUGCUACCUGAACUGUACACCAGCACCAACCGAGAGUUUCCGACGAUGCAACGGCAAUAAUCUUCGUUAGGGUUUCUGUUUUAAAGUCAAUUUCCUUCUCUUACUUUUUGUUCAUCACAACCAAAUAUAAUUUCUGCGCAACAAAUUGCGAAAAUCGUCAUUCAUCACUUGCACUGAUCACAAAAUUCAAAACUCAAAAUUGUGUUUAUAAAACCUAAUCGAAGAUAAUCUGUCCACUUUAUAUACUUCAUCUUUCUGUAAAAUUUACUCAACAAAUUUACCAAAUAUGAGCGGAAACGAGUUCAGAUUCUUCUUGUCUUGCGAUAUCAAUCUUCCUCUUACCUUCCGAAUUGAUCGUUUGGAAGGUAUUCUUCCCUCUCUCAAGUCCCCAAUUUCAGCUGGUGCAGACGCUGGUUAUGCAGCAGAGGAGAGGAGGGGAGAGCUUUAUGUUGAAUGCGCGUUGUUCGUCAAUGGUGCUCCUUUUGGACUGCCUAUGAGAACCAGGCUGGAAUCUGGGCAGUCUUUUUGCUGGAGUGAGUUGAUUACAUUGAGUACCAAAUACCGAGACCUCACUGCUCACUCACAACUUUCUUUUACGGUAUGGGAUGUUUCUUGUUGCAAAGGUGAGGGGCUUAUUGGUGGAGCAACCAUUCUUCUCUUUAACAGCAAGAAGCAACUUAGAACUGGGAAACAAAAACUUAGGUUGUGGCUGGGAAAAGAAGCUGAUGGAGCCUGCCCUUCUUCCACGCCUGGAAAGGUUCCAAGGCAUGAAAGAGGAGAGUUGGAGCGUCUGGAGAAGCUUAUGAAUAAAUAUGAAAGAGGGCAAAUUCCACGCGUGGAUUGGCUAGAUCGACUGACAUUCAAGGCAAUGGAGAAGAUCAAGGAUCGUGAAAGUUGUGGAAGCAGGAGUUCCCAAUUAUAUAUUGUUGUUGAUUUUUGCAGUUUCGAGCAUCAAGUUGUAUUCCAGGAAUCUGGGCCAAAUGUUUUCUUACCAUCUCCAAUAGGUGCAAAUGAACUUGUUACUGUGUGGGAUCCAGAGGUGGGAAAGAUAAAUCCUUCUGAGCACAAGCAGAUAAAAUUAGCUAGGAGCUUAACUCGUGGUAUCAUUGAUCGGGAUCUGAAACCAAGUUCCAAUGAAAGGAAAGUGAUACAAAGAAUAUUGAAAUACCCACCAACAAGGACCUUAAGUGGAGAAGAAAAGCAGCUUCUAUGGAAAUUUCGGUUCUCAUUGAUGUCAGAGAAGAAAGCUCUCACAAAGUUUCUUCGAUGUGUUGAAUGGAGUGAUGUGCAGGAAGCAAAGCAGGCAGCUGAGUUGAUGGGUAGAUGGGAGAUGAUUGAUGUUUGUGAUGCGCUAGAGCUGCUAUCUCCUGUAUUUGAGAGUGAAGAGGUUCGUGCAUAUGCUGUGAGCGUCCUUGAGAGAGCUGAUGAUGAUGAGUUGCAAUGUUAUCUUCUUCAGUUAGUCCAGGCCCUUCGUUUUGAGCGCUCAGAUAGAUCAUGCCUAUCUCAUUUUCUUGUGCAACGCUCUUUACGAAAUAUUGAGUUGGCCAGUUUUCUUCGUUGGUAUGUUGCUGUGGAACUUCAUGAUCCUGCUUAUGCAAAGCGCUUUUACUGUACCUAUGAAAUGCUAGAAGAGAAUUUGUUGAAGCUAUCAGCUGCUGAGACUGGAGGAGAAGAUGGGUUCAAGUUAUGGCAAAGUUUGGUUCGUGAAACCGAACUAACAGCUCAGUUGUGUUCUAUAAUGAGGGAUGUCCGUAAUGUGCGUGGUGGAACGCAAAAGAAAAUGCAAAAGCUUAGACAGCUUCUUUCAGGUCUUCUCAGUGAGCUUACCUAUUUUGAGGAGCCAAUACGAUCACCGUUGCAUCCCAAAGUGCUCAUUACUGGGAUUUUGCCAAAUGAGUGUGGAUUAUUCAAAAGCACGUUGCAUCCUUUACGACUGACUUUCAGAACUUCUAGUGGGGAAAAUUGUAAGAUUAUAUUUAAGAAGGGAGAUGAUAUGCGACAAGACCAAUUGGUAAUUCAAAUGGUCUCUCUCAUGGAUCGGUUGCUUAAAUUGGAGAACCUUGACCUCCACCUGACUCCAUAUAGAGUCUUAGCAACUGGGCAAGACGAAGGGAUGAUGGAAUUUAUACCAUCCCGUUCUUUAGCUCAGAUUCUUUCAGAACAUCGUAGUAUCAUCGGAUUUCUUCAGAAAUGCCAUCCUGAUGAGGACGCACCAUUUGGAAUAACUGCUACCUGUCUUGAAACAUUUAUUAAGAGCUGUGCUGGUUAUUCUGUUAUCACUUAUAUUCUGGGUGUUGGAGAUAGGCAUCUAGACAAUCUUCUUUUGAGGGAUGAUGGACGACUAUUUCAUGUAGAUUUCGGCUUCAUUUUGGGUCGAGAUCCUAAACCAUUUCCACCACCAAUGAAACUAUGUAAAGAAAUGGUUGAGGCUAUGGGUGGAGCUGAAAGCCUAUACUACACAAGAUUCAAAUCUUACUGUUGUGAAGCAUUCAAUAUACUUCGCAAAUCCAGCAACUUAAUUUUGAAUUUGUUCCAUUUGAUGGCGGGUUCUAACAUUCCUGACAUUGCUUCAGAUCCUGAAAAAGGCAUUUUAAAGCUGCAAGAAAAGUUUCGGUUGGACCUAGAUGAUGAAGCCAGCAUACACUUUUUCCAAGAUCUCAUCAAUGACAGUGUUAGUGCGUUGUUCCCACAAAUGGUUGAGACGAUCCAUAGAUGGGCGCAGUAUUGGCGUUGAUCUGUAUAUUAGUUGUGGAGCUAUCAACAUCCAUGCAGAUGAUUGAUUGGAUCUUUCUAGCACGUAUAACUGCUGGUUUGAGCUUUUCAUGUGCACGAGUCGCAAGGCAUCAGAUACAAUGUCUCCGUCCGAAAAGAUACAUUAUCGGUUUGGCAAACUUUCUUAGCAAAUGUUCUGAUGGGGUGUGAGGGGGGGAAAGUUUGCAACUUUGCACAUUGCAGCAGAUGUAUUAUUUUUUAUUUGUUCAUUUUUCUGUCCCUUUCUUAGUUUCUUCUAUCCUUUUGCUUGAUACUUCAACAUAUGUACAGUAUAACAAUGCCUGGUCUAGUAUUCUAAGUAUAACAUAUGUACAGUAAUAUUUUCUCAUACCAAUUAUUUACCUCAUUUUAAUGAGGUUCCAUGUAAAGCUAUGAAAGUUAUAUAUCCUAGUGUAAUUAUUUACUUGAUUUA